ACACGCGCGUGCGAGUAGUGGGCGAAGGUGGCAGUGGUACGGUCAGCUAUGUAAAUCUGAUAAAUGCGCUCCGGUCACCUUGCAGCUGUUCUGCCAUUACUGAGAGAGAGACGGGUAGAAAUGGACAGACCGAGAGAAAGGCAAAUGACGAACGAGAGAUGGGCAGUUGGAAGGAGAGAGAGACAGAUGGGUGGAGUGAGACUGAUGGACCGAGAGAGAUUGACAGUCGCACAGAGAGAAACAACCAGAUGGAGAGCACGAUGGACAUGGAGUGAGGGACAGAGAGACUGAUAGGGAAUGAGAGAUGAAUGGACAGACAGCAAAAUGGGGAGACGGACAGAUGUACGGGGCAAGAGACACACCAUGAGAGAGCGUGAAAGGACGGACGGGCCAAGAGCGUGAGACAGACAGGAGGGAGAGAGAGAUGGUUGGAUGCAAAGAGUGAGAUGGACAACCAGGCAGGGAGAGAUAGUUGGGUUGAGAGAGAGACAGACAGAUUGGUGGAGGGGGGGCACACAGGUAGAGAGAGUAAGGGGCAGACCGACAGGAGAGGAGACGGUGAGACGGACAGACUGGGGAGGGGGCGAGAGAGGGAGACUUGAACAGACACUGGGGGAGUGUGUGAGAGGCAGGAGAGUGGGAUGGAUGUAUGGGAGAGGGGGAGAGAGUGGGAUGGAUGUAUGGGAGAGGGAGAGCGAAAGAGGGGGAGAGAGUGAGAUGGAAUGGAAAUGGGGAAGAGAGAGUUGGAAAGACAGAAGUGGAGACGGAGAGACAGACAGGUUUGGGGAGAGUCAGAAAGACGGAGGGAGGGAGUUGGAGAGUCAGGUUUGGGCAGAGUCAGAAAGACGGAUGUAGAGAGAGGGAGAGCGUUGGAGAGACACGUUUGGGGAGAGUCAGAAAGACGGAUGUAGAGAGAGGGAGAGAGUUGGAGAGACAGGUUUUGGGAGAGUCAGAAAGACAUGUAGAGAGAUUAAGAGAGUUGGAGAGACAGACAGGUUUGGGGAGAGUCAGAAAGACAGAUGUAGAGAGAUUAAGAGAGUUGGAGAGACAGACAGGUUUGGGCAGAGUCAGAAAGACAGAUGUAGAGAGAGGGAGAGAGUUGGAGAGACAGACAGGUUUGGGCAGAGUCAGAAAGACAGAUGUGGAGAGAGGGAGAGAGUUGGAGAAACAGACAGGUUUGGGGAGAGUCAGAAAGACGGAUGUAGAGAGAUUAAGAGAGUUGGAGAGACAGACAGGUUUGGGCAGAGUCAGACAGACGGAUGUAGAGAGAGGGAGAGAGUUGGAGAGACAGACAGGUUUGGGCAGAGUCAGACAGACGGAUGUAGAGAGAGGGAGAGAGUUGGAGAGACAGAGGUUUGGGCAGAGUCAGACAGACGGAUGUAGAGAGAGGGAGAGAGUUGGAGAGACAGACAGGUUUGGGCAGAGUCAGACAGACGGAUGUAGAGAGAGGGAGAGAGUUGGAGAGACAGACAGGUUUGGGCAGAGUCAGACAGACGGAUGUAGAGAGAGGGAGAGAGUUGGAGAGACAGAGGUUUGGGCAGAGUCAGACAGACGGAUGUAGAGAGAGGGAGAGAGUUGGAGAGACAGACAGGUUUGGGCAGAGUCAGACAGACGGAUGUAGAGAGAGGGAGAGAGUUGGAGAGACAGAGGUUUGGGCAGAGUCAGACAGCCGGAUGUAGAGAGAGGGAGAGAGUUGGAGAGACAGACAGGUUUGGGCAGAGUCAGACAGACGGAUGUAGAGAGAGGGAGAGAGUUGGAGAGACAGACAGGUUUGGGCAGAGUCAGACAGACGGAUGUAGAGAGAGGGAGAGAGUUGGAGAGACAGACAGGUUUGGGCAGAGUCAGAAAGACGGAUGUAGAGAGAGGGAGAGCGUUGGAGAGACACGUUUGGGGAGAGUCAGAAAGACGGAUGUAGAGAGAGGGAGAGAGUUGGAGAGACAGGUUUUGGGAGAGUCAGAAAGACAUGUAGAGAGAUUAAGAGAGUUGGAGAGACAGACAGGUUUGGGGAGAGUCAGAAAGACAGAUGUAGAGAGAUUAAGAGAGUUGGAGAGACAGACAGGUUUGGGCAGAGUCAGAAAGACAGAUGUAGAGAGAGGGAGAGAGUUGGAGAGACAGACAGGUUUGGGCAGAGUCAGAAAGACAGAUGUGGAGAGAGGGAGAGAGUUGGAGAAACAGACAGGUUUGGGGAGAGUCAGAAAGACGGAUGUAGAGAGAUUAAGAGAGUUGGAGAGACAGACAGGUUUGGGCAGAGUCAGACAGACGGAUGUAGAGAGAGGGAGAGAGUUGGAGAGACAGACAGGUUUGGGCAGAGUCAGACAGACGGAUGUAGAGAGAGGGAGAGAGUUGGAGAGACAGACAGGUUUGGGCAGAGUCAGACAGACGGAUGUAGAGAGAGGGAGAGAGUUGGAGAGACAGACAGGUUUGGGCAGAGUCAGACAGACGGAUGUAGAGAGAGGGAGAGAGUUGGAGAGACAGACAGGUUUGGGCAGAGUCAGACAGACGGAUGUAGAGAGAGGGAGAGAGUUGGAGAGACAGACAGGUUUGGGCAGAGUCAGACAGACGGAUGUAGAGAGAUUAAGAGAGUUGGAGAGACAGACAGGUUUGGGGAGAGUCAGACAGACAGAUGUAGAGAGAGGGAGAGUUGGAGAGACAGACAGGUUUGGGCAGAGUCAGACAGACGGAUGUAGAGAGAGGGAGAGAGUUGGAGAGACAGACAGGUUUGGGCAGAGUCAGACAGACAGAUGGAGGGACACGUGAGCUUGGCGCGGUGCCUGAGCAGUAAGGGGCGGUGUUGAGGGGCUCGGUGAGGUUAAUAAGGGCCUGAGUUUUGGCGGUAAAGUGAAAUGCAGUGCUGAUGAGGGGCGACUGCUUUUCCAGCAGAGUCUUUACAGGCUUUUACAGGGAGGCUGUCGGACAUGAAGGAAGAACGUGGCGAGUCACUGAAUCGUUCCACUGAAUCGUUCCACUGAAUCGUUCCACUGAAUCAUUCCACUGAGUACCUGAGAGCUCGCCGCUCCACUCGUUCGUCCCACCGAGAGACGCGAAGUCAGCUUAACACAGUAAAUAUGUGCGUUAGUUAGUGUGACCCAAACAGCCUGCAGCCUAAUGAGAGCGGUUCAGCUGUGGUGAUUUAAAAAUGCAGUCGGGAGCGUUUGAUCAGAUGGCGUAAUUCUGAUCGGAGCCGUGUGUCUCCGCGCGCUCUGGGCUUUUCUCAAGUCUGAUGGUGUUCUUUAUCUUCUGAUCAUCUCCAGGCUCCGUAACGCGUCCGUAAGAGGAAGCUCUUCCGUCUGCUCUCGAAUGUGUUUGUUUGUUUGUUUGUUUUUAUUUAUUUAUUUAUUUAUUUAUUUAGAGAGCGGUCCAGGUUGCACCGCUUUGCCAAAUUUGCCCUCUGCUCCCUUAUUGGAGCUGGCAGGUAAUGGAUCGGCUCAUGGCCGUGUUGUAGGAGUGGGCGGAGCCGAGCACUCGGACAUGCAGAGCUGGGCAGCGACCCCAGGAAGUGAACGAGACUGCUCAGGGGAGGGAGGGAGGGAGUGACUGGGAGGAUGUGCCAUCUGGCCCUGUGUGUCACACUCUCAACACUCCCUCCGUUUUUGUUUUUUUGGGGGCUUUUUUUUCCCCUUCAAUCUCAGCUCAGUGUUCCAAGAAUACAAAAUUGCGCUACAAUCAGGAGGACGGAAACUCUCACACCGACCAGUCACAGAGUACUGACAUGGGUUGAUGUGAAAUGUACUGACUGUGUGUGUGUGUGUGUGUGUGUGUGU